CUGGAGCAACCUCCAAGUGCAAGUACCAAAGGCAUGGAGAUAGAUGUUCUCGAAGAACUCGUAGGUUCGGUGAAGAAAAUAGUAUCAAGGAAAAGAAAAUUGGUUAAAAUUUUGACUAAUAUUGCAACUGAAACUUUAAGUGACUCAGUAUCACAAAGACUUGAUCAAGCCCAAUCCCUAUCAAGAAAUAAAGACCUUUUGGAAAACUUUUAUUUGUUAAACAAACAAGCGCAGACUUUCUUGUUUAUGCAAUUAAAACAAAUUCAUAAAAGCAAAAUGGCCAGAAGGUUUACCUUAGAUGAAAAAUUAAUGGCGUUGCUCAUAAUGAAACAAAGCCCCAAAAGUUAUAAACUAUUAGAAAAAAUGUUUGCCUUGCCUAGUAAACGGACAUUAAAUAGACUUUCUGAGAAGGUUUCAAUACAACCAGGACUCAAUCCAUUAAUAUUUGAACAUAUAUCAAAUACAACCAAAAAAUGGGACACUAAACAAAAGCUAUGUAUAAUACGGCCGACGUAUCUUGGCGAGUCUGAAUAUAGGCUCUGCGAAGUUUAG